AUCGUCAACCAGAACAAGCAAGCAAGCGAAGCAGAGUUCGAUCGGAGUAAUUGGUCAAUCAACCAACCAAGCAGCGAGACUUUUUAUAGAGAGAAUAUGAUGAUGUCGAUUUUCAGCUCCUUCGACGUUCUGUCCGGGGAAUUAUUCGGACAGAAGAUCAAUAAGCUGCCAUCGGGUCUGUGCAGGCAAGCCGACGGCGGCGAUUUGACCAAACUGGACGGCGGGAAGUCGUCGUCGUCGCCGCCGCCGGCGGCGGAGAAGAAGAGGCAGGAAGGCCAGGGGACUCAUCAGGAGAGUGGGAAACGGCUGGCGGCGGGUACGAGGUUCGCCGUGGAGUUGGAUGGGGUUCACUGUUUCGAGACAAUCGUUCGCUACUGAUGAUCCGUUUCAUAUCAUGAUGGAUUUUGGUCAUUUGAUUCAUUCUUGUUUCUUUCGUGUCAAGGUUUUUGAGUGUAUAGGCUAAUCAUGUUCUAGGGGCUCUACACGUUUUGAUCGUUUGCCUGGAGUGUACUCCUUUAAAUGUAUACAGUGUUUGACGCAAUCCAUCCAUAUAUUCUAUUGUUACUACAUGAUUGAAACUUUCAUCUGGCAAAGAUUGUAAUUACAUGGUAAUUGGUAUAGAGAAUUAUAGGUAGAAUAGAACAAAUUGGUUACUUGGUGCAGAAGCGAUCUGAGAAUUUUCCAGACAUUUUACUUUUAACUGAUGCGUGUGAUUGAAGUUAGCAGAGGAAGAAACGAUUCCCUUGAUC